AUGUUUAAAACCGAACGUUCUCUAUUUCCCUCAUUAAAUACCAAACUUGUUGAUAUCUGCAAACAACUCGGGAAUAAUGAAAAACAUGUUCAACAACUUAUUAAUUAUUUAAUGGAUGAAAAUAAAGAGGAGAAAAAUCUUUCCCCUUCCCCCUCACUCAUUCAAUGCGCUCUUUUUGCAAUUUACCAAUCUUUGUGGAUUUUUCUGUCAGAAAUUUGCAAUUUUAAAAUUAAAUCUGCCCCAAUUAUAUUUUUUGGACACAGUUUUGGAGAGCUUUCUGCACUCUGUGCUGCUGGGGCAUUUAAUAAAAAUGAAGGAAUGAAAUUAUUAUGGAAGAGGGGAGAGUUGAUAGAAAGGACGGAGCCUGCAAAGAUGGUGAUGAUUAAACAGGAAAAGAGUCAAAAUCUAAAUUUGCAGCUAAAACUCCCUCACCAAGUUUAUUUAUCUGCUCGUCUCUCUUCUUCAAUUUCUGUUUAUGUUGGAAAGCCCUCAGCUAUCGAAAAAUUAGCAAAUCAAGCAUACAAAGAGGAGAACAAUCAAAAAAUUAUUUCAACAAAAAUUUUGGAAAAAAUAAAUUUUGGAUAUCAUUCCAAAGAAUUUAUGGCCCCUAUACUUGAAGAAUUUAAAUUUUAUCUGUUGAAAUUAUUUAAUAAAAAAAGAAAAUUAUUGGAAGGAAUUGUUCUUUCAAAUUUGGAUGGGAAGAAAUUAAGGGAUUUGGAUAUUCCCGAAUAUUUAACUAGACAAUUGUCUGAACCUGUGAGGCUUGAUUUGUGUUUUCAAACCUUAUUGCGUGACUAUCCUCGUACUUCUCUCCUAUUAGAAAUUGGCCCGCCUGGCAUUUUACCUCAAUUAUUAAAAGAAACUGAGGAUGACUUGGAAAUUAAUUCAAAUAAAAAGAUUAAAGUUAUAAACACAAUUGAAAGAGAAAAAAGAUUUACUGGAGAAAUUGAUGAAGAGCCGCCACAAUUGUUGAAGGCAAUAGCCCAAAUUUGGCAGAAUGGUUACUCAGUCAACUUCAACUUAUUAUUCAACUCUUACAACGAAGAAUGGGAUAAUAAAAUGCCUGGUUACAAUUUUGAUUAUUUAGAAAGAAAUCCCUCAAAAGAAGAAAUGCUAGUCCCUUUCAAUUUAUCCACAAAAAAUAAAGGAAAUGAAAGGGUUACUGUAGAUGGAGAGAAUAAGAUUGUAGAGGUGAAGCAAGAAAAUUUAAAUGUUAAAUUAAAAGGUGGAGGGCUAACAAAGGAGAAACUGACUGAAAUUGUUGUUAAGGUGUUUUUUUAUUUUUUGGAUUUCGAAGCGGGAGAUCGAUGGCUAUUGAACAGAACAUAA